AUGGAAACGGAUUCUGAAACGAACAAUGACUUUGGUCCGGUGAGAUGUUCUUCAUCUGAAGAAAUCCUACCUUCGCAUGAAAUUGGAAUAUCGAAGCCCUUCAGAAAUCUUCAACUUGGUAUAUCGCGUAUUUUUCCCACAAUUCCUGCCCUGCAGCGAUCUUUCUCAUCACCACGUGAUUCCACAAUUCACGCUUGGCCUACAUGGCUCAGUAGUCCUUUUGUCAGUGUGGCCAGUUUGAAGGCAUCGCCGUUGGAACGCUUAGAAACUCACCGGGGCGUAGCCACUCUCGGAGCUCUCCCAGCUUGGUGUUGCUGUAAAUCAUCAAACUCGAAGAUGUGGCAGCAAGAUGGAUCCUUCCAUUGGAAAAGAGUCAAAACACGCCGUAGAGGAUUAUCAGAGUUAGUUACCGCUUUUAAUGACCAAAAUGAUAAUCAUUCCAGUGAUAUCUCUCCAAUAAGAUUGUUAGAUAAUACAGUGGGCUGUAGCUGUGUCAAUACCUCCAAGUUACUUGAUCCGAAACCUUCCUCCUGUUGCAGCCCUGUGCUUGGGGGAACAUGCCCCCCACAAGUGCCCCCUAGAAUUAGUCCUAUGACAUCGGAUGCUACUAACAGGAGCACCGUUUUGAAAAAACUCUAUUUUGGCUCACCUUGCCAACCUCCUAAUGACGUCUCCCCUCCAACUAAAGUAGUGGAACAUAAAAAGUCAUUCAGCCUUGACCACAAUCGUUUCAGUGUGAGGAUUUAUCCUGUUGUGCAAAAUGGAAUAAAGAUAAGUGACACACAUUAUUGGCUACUCGACCCCCCUCGGUCGUUUAGUGCUCAGUGCACACCGGCUUUACUGCGACAUCAAAGUGAGCGUGUUCCUCCUCCCUCACUUGCCAGUGGCGAUUCCAGCACUGUUUACCUCAAUAUUCCCACGACAAUGCAUUUUCGUCGUGCUGAAUCGAGUGUUAAUCGGGAAGCGGCGGAUGAAUUACACAUUGAAAUGAUUAAACUGAUAAAGGAGGAGGUUCCCGAGGCAACGCAAGCUGAAUGCCAAGCUGUCUUAAUUGGGUGUGGUUACAAAUAUGAGCACGCUGUGAAACGUUUGAAAUUGGAGUUGUUGUACCGAAGGGGGUACGUAUCACUGUCACGUUGCAAGCGUCUACUUCAUAAAUGCAACUGGGACCUUAGCAAAGCUCGAGAGUACGCGCGCUUAGAAUCCGAGUCAAGUAAGUUAAGACGAAUGUAUUCUACUCACACAUGUUCUUCGCCCUCCUUUGUCAAAGGUCCUCCCCUGUUUUCACUGUAUGCGCCAAACUGUCCACGCUCUUCCGAUUCGUCUUUCACCCACGGUUCAUCCGACUUUGACUCUCAAUUGUCACCUACCUCAAUACCUGACCGAGAACAUUCAUUUCGAACAAAAGAUAUAUAA